AUGCAUGUUUGUUAUUUGAAAUAUUUGGGGCUGCUAUUCCAAAAGCUUUACCUUUCGCACCCCACUUUUGUAUAUAAUUCAGCAUCAUUUGACUGGUCUGUUCAACAGACUGUAAUACUAAUGGGAGCUAAAGUGGAAGGUGAGAGUUACAAUCCUGGAUACUAUGCUACAGGGGAUCUGCACAUGGACUCAAAUGGUUGGCGCUCUCCAUACUAUGAGGAUAAGACAUCAAAUGGGCAGUUGUACAAUGGCUUCAUGACGAAGCAGGCAGACGGUUAUUCAGAAUACGACAACGAAACGCUAAAGCGCACAAUGCUUUCACAUGAAGCUAUGUUUAGACAGCAGGUUUAUGAACUGCACCGGGUUUACAAAAUACAGAGAGACCUGAUGAAGCAUUAUGAAAACAAAGACGCAUAUGCAUACCCAGAACUGGCAGAUGCAUCACAGACAAAUUCGUCAUCACAAGUUCCACCAAAUGGCUCAAAGAUGAUAUGGCAGAUGCCUCUGGUGGCCAAAACAUACGGAGAGGCUACUGUUGCAGUGCACACUGAUACAAACCACUCCUUGAAGUUCCUUAGUGAUGGCAGUGUCCUGCCCUCUCCAAAUGGAUUCCCCUCAAAUGGUGUUGCUUUAAAUACCAAGCAAGGCAUUAUUGACCUUGAGCUUCCAGCUGAUCAUUAUAUAGAUGAUGACAACACAUCAGAUAAUAAGCCUAUAGAUUUCCUUGGUGUAGAUUCGGGUACAAAACCUCCGAAUGAUGCCAGGGUCACAUUCAGUGGUGCAGAAGGCCUGGGGAGGUUCAAUGAUAAUAGCUCAACCUCUGGUUUGCUGACUACCAAUAAACCGGGAGGCUGCCAUGUCGCUGACCUGAAUGAGCCAAUUACUGGGAUGCAUAUGGGUGGAACAAACGGGUCCGUAUCCAGAGCUCUCCUGUAUACCUUGGAGAACUCUUGGCACCAAUCUGCAGUGAGAUCAAGCACAGCUAACUUUGGUUUCAAUAAAGAAUACUCCAAAGAGAAGCAUACUGACGAAGGAACAAGCUCAAAUUUCCUUGAUGCAAGUGCCAAACUAAGACAGGAGGAGAAAUCAUUGAUUGAUAAAGGAAAACAAGUCAGCAACCAAUCUUUUUUUACACCCAGAUACAGCAAUGUUGAUCUGCAAAAAUCCUUCAAAGUUGCUGAUGGGAGAUCUGCAACCAAUGAGUUUAUUUACCAUGGUCAAAACAGUUCAGUUGGAUGGUUUUCAAAAGGUCCUAUGGGAGCAUCUCCCAUCAAUAAUUUUGCUAGACUUGACCAUCCACAUCAUUCAAGUAUUGGUACACCUGUUGCUCCAAUCUCCAUUCCUCACAUAGACCAUCCUUCCGUCGCCUCUCCUAUAGGUUCUUGCACAGUGGACCCAAGGAGCAGUGUUAUCAACAAUGCUUUCCAGCGAGUUCCAAGUUUCAAUGGAUCUUCAACUGUUAAUUCAUACAAGAGUCCUAGUGCUGUGACCCAAAGCAUUGGACCUUCAAUUCAUAAGCUGAAAAGAUUUGAUAAUUUGGAUGGUAGUUACUUUGGCUUUCCACCUGAUCCAUUUUCCGCAUCACGAUCCAGACAACAGGUUGCAAUUUCGAGCGAGUUGGAGCAAAGGAACUGCCUGAUGUUUGAACAUUCAGCAGCACGGCAGUCUCAUGGGUAUCCUCAGUCCACAAACGGCAAGGGCACAAAGAACUUUAAUUUGAAUGAAGCACUGUCAGAUGGUCUGGAAGAGCUUGUAGAACAGGAUGGGAGAUCUGUUGGUAGUUUGCAGCAUAGUAAAGGUGAAGGAUCAGUAUUUGGGAUCUCUUGGCUAAAAAAUAAAGCUACUUGUGCUGACCCAACAGGGCUGGAAAAGCAAAGAAAGAUGCUUGGCCAUUCCAACGGGACUGCAGCAGACACGAAAAUCAACAAUAACUUGACGGGAAUAACACCGAUUGUUUGCAAUUUGUCAGAUUCUGCCUCAACGUCCCUAGGUUGCAGAAUUAAGAUAGAUGAUGCUUCUGAAGGCAUCACUGAUAGAACUUGGCUGGUAUGUAAUAAGACUGAGGAGAGUACCACGAGACAUUUACCACUUUCAAGCCAGAAACCCUUGGAUAGAGAUGGACAAGCUGCUGAAGGUGUUGUCAACAAAAGUGGUGCGGCCGUCGUCAGAAAUUUGUUUGAUCUGAAUGAUGAUGUACCACAUGAAGACAACUCAGAGUCAUCAGUAGUGUCACAUGAAUGUGAUGUGGCGGCCUUACAGAACAACCAUGCUAAGCGCACAUUUUUGUUUGACUUAGAAGAAGUGCCAGCUUGUGAAGAUGGUGCUGCCUGGACUUCUCAACAGGAAUGCACACCUUCUGGCAAACUUGGUGCAUCCAAGGAAGUUGAUUUGUGUUUUCCAUCCGCUACAGAUGCAGCGCAGAUUAUUCUUGCGUUGUCAACGGAUGUGCCGACCACCACAGGCACACCCGAUGAUAUGUUGCAGUGGUUUGCGGAGCUCGCAAUAUCAAACAUGGAUGACCAUGCCGAGCAAGCAAAAGUCCAGGGUUGCAUCGAUAAUUCCAGUGAUGAUGGUUCAGACUCAUUUGAAGCCUUGACACUGAAGCUGGAAGAGUGCAAGACCGAUGAGCGCUGGACCAGGACACCAGAACCACCACUGACAGAUGAUGACCAAGCUGUUUCAGCGGUGAACCUGCUGUCCAAGCCAAAAAGAGGACCGCAAAGGAAGCGGCGGCAGAAGCGAGACUUCCAGAAGGACAUCUUGCCCGGGCUUUCAUCGCUUUCCCGGCCUAAGAUCAUAGAGGACAUUCAGCUAAUUGAGGGGUUAGUACAGGCAUCUGGUGGAUCAUGGGAGUCGAGUUUAACCAGGCGAGCGCGUGGUGGGCGAACAAGAGGUAGAAAGCCCCGCAAAAACGAGCCAGCUACCGUAGAGAUAGAAGCCGAGGCCGAGGCGAGCCCGCCCUCGAAACCCAACUCCAUUGGCUUAGAAGCUGAUGAAAGGGGCAUGGUUAGCUGGGGGCGAACAACAAGGCGGUGUCGCAAGCCAAGAUGCCCGUUGGGCAAUAGCGUCGCCGCUUCGUCCUGA